AUGGCAGAGAUGCUCCUGAAGGCACAAAAGUACAUGAAUGCUGAAGAAGCACUAGCCACCAUAAGAGACGAAGAGAAGCCAACAAACAAAGGAAAGAAGGAGGAUGAUCAUAGAGGACAAAAAAGGGAGCGUCCAGAUCGCCGAACCAUCGACGGGAGUAAAUGGAAAGACGAAAAAACUCUUCGAAUGGAUCAAGGUCACUAUACAGAAGAUUGCCGAGACCUGAAGGAACAGAUAGAGGAAUUGAUACGGAAAGGAAAACUGCAGAAGUAUGUGAAGAAUGGAGAAUCUAGUAGGUUUAGAGACGAUGAUAAAAACCAGCGUGAGUUCUCGCCCAGAGAUGAGGAUCACACGUCUCAACGACCACAAACCAUGAUCGGGGAAAUAAGGAUGAUCACAGGUGGGCCAACCACGGGCAGGUCGUUCAGAUCCCUUAAUAAAGCAUGCCAGAGGCAAGUGAACACAGUCCACAAGGUACCCCCAUUCAAGCAGAGAAAAACGAACCAAGAUAUGUCUUUCAACGAGGAAAAUGCACGGGGAGUGAAGCAGCCUCAUAAUGACCCCUUGGUCAUAACACUCACGAUUGAAGGAUUCAAUACUAAGAGGAUCCUCGUGGAUAAUGGUAGCUCCGCAGACAUCAUUUACCUUCCCGCUUUCCAUUUCAGUGGGGACAGAGUAUAUCCCAAGGGUAUAGUAACUUUGACAGUGACGGUGGGGACCUACCCAAAGCAAUUGACACGCCAGUUAGACUUCUUAAUAGUAGAUUGCCCCUCGUCUUACAAUGUGAUCAUUAGGAGACCCAUGCUCAACCGGUGGAAGUUAGCCACAUCCAUCUUUUGCUUAAAGGUAAAAUUCCCAACUGAGAAUGGUGUCGGCGAGGUAAAAGGAGAUCAGGUCCUGGCCAGGGAAUGCUACCAGGUCGUGUUGGCCAUAAAGGAGAACCAUACGUGGAUGAUCGAGGAGAAAGAAGAGGAUAAAGUGGAGACCUUGGAGACAAUGGAACUGGUUGAAGGAAAGGCAACAAAUACGACAAAAAUAGGGACUUCAUAG